AUGAAGAGCGAUUCCAAUGACUCUGUCUCUCCUUAUUCUCCCAAACCCAGAAUCCGUCAAGUAAGUUCCCGGUUCAUGUCUCCACACUCGACCGGUUCGCCCGAACCCGGUUCAGCUUCUCCGCUUCCCCGGUUCAGCUUCUCCGCUUCCCCGAGGAGCCUCAGAGAGUUCAGAAAUAACAUCAAUGGGUCGGAAGAAAACGAUCAAGAUCAAUACAUUAAUGGCAAGUCCACGAGGAAUGGUUUCUCUGCAAAAUUUCCUGCUUCGCCGGUGGUGAAGAAACCGAGUUCUCAUAUUGCUCCGGGAAGACUCUCUCUGGAUGAAAAUGCCCUCAAGAAAAACUUUCAUUGUUCUAAGAACUCAAUUGAUUCUGAAUCAGAUAAUACGAGUUUGGAUUCUGUUUCUCUGCAAAGAACAUUUAGUUCGAGGAAAUUGGGUAGGGAGGUUUCAUCUAAGUACAUGAUGACAAGAAGUGGUAGAAAAGGAGAAGCUUCUGAUUCAGACCCUUUAUCCUCUGAUGAUUCAUGGAUGAUGAAGAAGUUUAUUACACAGAAAGCUAUGAAGAGGGCUAAUUCGCUUAUUGGGUACAUGAGUUCCAAGUCUCAGUGGGCAUUGUCUCCUGGGAGAUCAGGGUCACCUCCUUUGUCUUUGGAAAGUAAGGACAAGCCGUUGUCGUUUUCAAGCUUGAGACCUCAACACAAGAGAGUGGAGAAGAUUCUUAGCAUGGGUUUUGAUCUCUUUAGGACUAAGAAACCUUCAACAUGUGAGGUGGUUCAUCAGUUGCGUCUGCUUCAUAACCGGUUGAUUCAAUGGCGGUUUGCAAAUGCUAGAGCAAAUGAUGCGAAUCACACCAUGUCUCUUCAGGCUGAGAGCAACUUGAUAUAUGUUUUGGAUGGUCUAGCCAAGUUGCGGCAUUCAGUGAUGCAAAAGAGGAUAGAGCUUGAGAGAGAAAAGAUUGAGAUGAAGCUAAAUUUUGUACUGCAUUCUCAAGUGAGUGUAGUGGUGUAUCUCAUUUAA